ACACUGUGCUUUCCCAUCCUCCCAUUUUCCUUAUUACCUUCAAAAGUCAUACCACAGAUGAUAAUUACAUCUCCGAACAGAAGCUCACAGGUGACAACAGCCACACCUGCACCCAGCAGCCCACCACAGGUGACAUCAGCCACACCCACAUCCAGCAGCCCAUUACAGGUGACAACAGCCACACCUGCACCCAGCAGCCCACCACAGGUGGCAUCAGCCACACCCACAUCCAGCAGCCCACCACAGGUGACAUCAAUCACAUUGGCAUCCAAUAGCUCACCACAGGUGGCAUCAGCCACACCCACAUCCAAUAGCUCACCACAGGUGACAUCAGCCACACCUGCACCCAGAAGCCCACCACAGGUGACAUCAGCCACACCCACAUCCAGCAGCCCACCACAGGUGACAUCAGUCACAUCGGCAUCCAAUAGCUCACCACAGGUGACAUCAGCCACACCCAUAUUCAAUAGCUCACCACAGGUGACAUCAGCCACACCUGCACCCAGCAGCCCACUGCAGGUGGCAUCAGCCACACCCACAUCCAAUAGCUCACCACAGGUGACAUCAGCCACACCCACAUCCAAUAGCUCACCACAGGUGACAUCAGCCACACCAGCAUCCAAUAGCUCACCACAGGUGAUAUCAGCCACACCCACAUCCAAUAGCUCACCACAGGUGACAUCAGCCACACCUGCACCCAGCAGCCCACCACAGGUGACAUCAGCCACACCCACAUCCAAUAGCUCACCACAGGUGACAUCAGCCACACUCACAUCCAAUAGCUCACCACAGGUGACAUCAGCCACACCAGCAUCCAAUAGCUCACCACAGGUGAUAUCAGCCUCACGCACAUCCAAUAGCUCACUACAGGUGACAUCAGCCACACCAGCAUCCAAUAGCUCACCACAGGUGACAUCAGUCACACCUGCACCCAGCAGCCCACCACAGGUGACAUCAGCCACACCCACAUCCAAUAGCUCACCACAGGUGACAUCAGCCACACCUGCACCCAGCAGCCCACCACAGGUGACAUCAGUCACACCUGCACCCAGCAGCUCACCACAGGUGACAUCAGCCACACCGGCAUCCAAUAGCUCACUACAGGUGACAUCAGCCACACCCACAUCCAAUAGCUCACUACAGGUGACAUCAGCCACACCUGCACCAAACAGCCCACCACAGGUGACAUCAGUCACACCUGCACCCAGCAGCCCACCAUGGCCUGUUGCAACAGAGGUCACCAGGCCUGAGUCCACAAGACCUGCUGUAAGAUCUUUGGCAGACAUCACCUCAAGUGCAAAGGAAGACGCUCACCCAGCGGUCAUCUCCACCCGUCCACAAAGGUCAUUUCUGAGUCCAGCCUAUCAGGUAACCAAUAGCAAGGCAGGAGAAAGGAUAGCAGAAAUACCUGCUUUUCAAGUGGACAGUGAAUUCCAGAAAGCCUGUGACAUCCUCCAGAGACUGAGAAACUCCCCUCCAACAUCUCCUACACCAGCUCAGGUCAGCGUGGCCAACUUACUCCUUGACCUGAGUGAGCAGCUGAUGAUGAUCCCAUUUCAGCAAGAUGACAGUCGGAACUUCAAAACUCCGGCUGUUGUCUGCCCCCUUCAGCCUCUUGGUAGUACAAUAACAACCAAGAAAGGAAGUCAGCAGAUUCUUCAGCAAGACACUGAGCUUGUUGCAGACAUGCUGGAGAUGUCCUUGAUGGCCCUGGGAGAGAUCCACAAAGCAUUUUGCCAGCGGAGCCUGUCUCCUGAGUCGGCAGUGACCUUGACCUCUCCUGUUGCUACUCUGCUGUUGAGCAGCCAAAAUGUAUCAUCUUUGCCUCUGAGCACUUAUACUCUGGGUGACCCUGCACCCUUGAGGUUAGGUUUUCCAUCAGCAGAAGCGCUGAAAGAGCUCUUGAAUAAACACCCAGGAGUGAACCUUCAGGUAACAGGUCUGGCUUUCAACCCUUUUGAGACUUCAGAUGACAAGAACAUUGUUGGAAGCAUUGGAAAUGUAUUACUGAGCUCUGGUUAUCACUCGCUCCAAGUCCACGAUUUAAUAGAAGAUAUUGAGAUCGUGCUCUGGAGAAAUGCCAGCAUGGAGACCCAGCCCACCAACCUCAACACAAGUACAGACCGUUUCAUAAUCACAGUGAAUAUCACCUCUGUGGAGAAAACCCUCAUUGUGACCAUCGAGCCGGAAAGUCCCCUUCUGAUGACACUCUACCUGGGCUUCCAGGACAAGCCUGACCACACUCACUUCUACCUCAAUGCCAGCCUUCCGAGGGACCAGGUGUGGCAGAAAGAUGAGGAGUACACAUGGGUGCUGACACCAGAGAGCCUGCAGUAUGGGAAUGGCACUUACUACAUCAUGGCCGUGGUAAAUAAAAGUACAGAGGCCACACAGUGCACACCUAUCCUGGUCUCGGUGGUAACGGCCAUCACCCAGUGCUAUUUCUGGGACCGAAACAACAGGACAUGGAGGAGCGAUGGAUGCCAAGCAGGCCCGAAGAGCACCAUUUGGAAGACACAGUGUCUCUGUAACCACCUGACCUUCUUCAGCAGUGACUUCUUCAUCCUGCCCAGGACGGUGGAUGUGGAAAACACCAUCAAACUGCUGCUUCGUGUGACCAACAACCCUGUUGGGGUGUCAUUGCUGGCCAGCCUUUUAGGAGUCUAUAGUCUCUUAGUCACAUGGGCUUGGAGGAAGGAUCGAGCAGACAUGCAGAAGGUGAAGGUGACCGUCCUGGCUGACAACGACCCCAACUCUGCAUUCCACUACCUUAUCCAGGUCUACACUGGGUAUCGAAGGAGGGCUGCUACAACAGCCCAGGUUGUUAUCACCCUCUAUGGCUCAGAGGGGCACAGCGAGCCCCACCACCUAUGUGACCCGCAGAAGGCAGUCUUCGAGCGUGGAGCCCUGGAUGUUUUCCUGCUCUCCACUGGGUCCUGGCUGGGGGACCUGCAUGGCCUUCGGCUGUGGCAUGACAAUUCUGGCAACAACCCUUCUUGGUAUGUAAGCCAAGUGAUUGUCAGUGAUAUGACCGUGAAGAAGAAAUGGCAUUUCCAGUGCAGUUGUUGGCUGGCCGUGGACUUGGGCAACUGCGAGCGUGACAGGGUCUUCACACCGGCCUCCAGGAAGGAACUCUCUUCCUUCAGACACCUGUUCUCCUCCACGAUCAUAGAAAAGUUCACUCAGGACUAUCUGUGGCUCUCCGUUGCAACUAGACAUCCCUGGAACCAGUUUACAAGAGUCCAGCGGCUCUCUUGCUGUAUGACACUACUUCUCUGUGACAUGGUCAUCAAUGUUAUGUUCUGGAAGAUGGGUGGUACCACUGCCAAGAGGGGUGAGCAUGAGCCCUGAGUAGGUCCAUUUGCUGUGACCUGGUCAGAGAUACUCAUCAGCGUCCAGACUGCCAUCAUCCUCUUCCCUAUCCAUCUUGUCUUUGGGCGGCUCUUCCAGCUGAUUCACCCACCAGAAACUCUGCCCCCACUUCCUCCCACCCAGGCUGCCUGCCCCUUGGGUCUUGCUUAUGAAUCUCCCUCUCCUACACAGGUGGUCACGGAAUUAAAGGAAACUGUGGGAUUCCUGCUCAGGAGAAACACACAUCUGCUCUCGGAGUGUGAACAGUCUUCAUGGAGUUCCUGUGAUAUUAACAAGCUGGUGACGCUUUUCUCCAGCCUCAUUUAUUCUCACUUAGGAGAUCAAGGCUGCCACCAGCAGACAGAAUCCCGAUGGGAAGACGUCGUUUCUGAAAACCACCACCAUUUCUGCCGCUACCUGCUCCAAGUUCUACAGAGACUGAACUCGCACCUAAGUGAGCUCAGUGCUGCUCGGGUUCACCAGCCCUAUGACUUCUCAGAAGCAGUUAGCCAACUUCAAAAGCUCCACGAACUCCUGGAAACACAACUUCUUCCCAGGGAGCAAGGGUCCUGCAGGCACUCAACCAGUUUCCCCAUCCUAAGCCCGGAAGAAAGGAAGGUGCCUGUGUCCUUCGGCCUGUUCAAAUGGUUGAAGUACAUCUGCUGGCUCCUCCUAGGUGUCGUUAGCCUGGCUUCGGCUUUUUUUGUAACACUUUAUAGCUUGGAGUUGAACAAAGACCAAGCCACCAGCUGGGUUAUUUCGAUGAUGCUCUCGGUGCUUCAAGACAUCUUUGUCAGCCAGCCACUAAAGGUGACAUUCCUCACAUUCCUGCUCUCACUGACAGCGAACCAGACGCCAUGGCUUAACAGAGACAAGGAACAACACGCCAAGAGAAUCGUAGCACUUUGGGCAAAGUGUUCUUCAUCAGCACCUGGUUUGAGAGAUAAGAACAAUCCCAUCUAUACUGCCCCAGCAAUGACCAGCUUGGCCAAGCACCCAAAGACAGCCUGGAAGAAGCAGCUCUUCAAGCUGACUGGUGGUACUCUGGUCCAGAUCCUCUUUCUGAGCCUGCUAAUGGCUACUGUCUACUCUGCAAGGGACUCCAGUCAGUUUUUCCUCCAUCAAGCUAUCUGGAAGAGGUUUUCUCACCGUUUAUCAGAAAUCAAACUUCUGGAAGAUUUCUACCCAUGGGCCAACCACACCCUCCUUCCUAGCCUAUAUGGGGAUUACAGAGGAUUUAUUACUGAUGGGAACUCCUUUCUUCUGGGCAAUGUUUUGCUUCGCCAGAUUCGCAUCCCUAAUGACACACUCUUCCCGGUAUCUCUCCGUGAACAAGUGACCUCACGUCCCCAACAUCAGGAGGACAGAGAGAACUACGGGGUUGGCUGGGGCCCCCCUGAUACAAACAUCACAGAAACAGACAGUAUUUGGCAUUAUCAGAAUCAGGAGUUACUGGGAGGCCAUCCCACCCAAGGGGAAUUUGCCACUUACUCAGGAGGAGGAUACAUUGUGAGACUUGGAAGAAACUCCAGUGCCGCAGCUAGAGUUCUGCAGCAUCUGGAGCAGAGGCGCUGGCUGGAUCACUGCACGAAAGCCCUCUUUGUGGAACUCACAGUCUUCAAUGCUAAUGUGAAUCUGCUCUGUGCGGUGACCCUCAUUUUGGAAUCCAACAGUGUGGGGACUUUCUUCACCUCUCUACAACUCGACUUGACUUCCCUCCGGUCAUCAGAGAGGGGCUUGACUUGGAUUAUCUCACAAGUCACCUACUACCUUCUCGUCUGUUACUACGCCUUCAAACAGGGCUGUCGGCUGAAACGGCAGAGGUGGGGGUUCCUCACUAGGAAAAGAAACCUUCUGGACACAAGCAUAAUCCUCAUUAGCUUUAGCAUCUUGGGGCUCAACAUGCAGCGUCUUUCUCUCCUUCAUAAAAACAUGCUGCAAUACCGCCGUGACCGGGACAGGUUCAUCAGCUUCUCCGAGGCACUGAAAGUGAACGCAGCUGUCACUCACCUCAUGGGCUUCCUGGUUCUGUUGGCAACUGUGCAGCUGUGGGACCUGCUGCAACAUAAUGCCCAGUUGCAGGUCAUCAGCAAGACACUGAACAAGGCCUGGGAUGAGGUGGUGGGCUUCAUCCUGAUCAUCAUGAUCCUGCUGAGCAGCUACGCAAUGACUUUCAACCUGCUGUUUGGAUGGAGCAUCUCUGACUACCGGAGUUUCUUCAGCUCCACAGUGACUGUUGUUGGCCUCUUGAUGGGAAUUUCUAACCACAAGGAGGUUAUCGCUCUCUACCCGGUCCUCGGCUCGUUUCUGGUCCUCACUAGUAUCAUCUUGAUGGGACUUGUGAUCAUUAAUCUUUUUGUUUCUGCCAUUCUCAUUGUCUUUGGAAAAGAAAGGAAGGCCCUUGAGAAAGAAGCUACACUGACAGAUAUGUUACUACAAAAGCUCUCAAGUUUGUUAGGAAUCCGCCAGCACCAGAAUCCUGCAUCUGAGAAGCCUGCUGACAACACUGGGUAUUGACAUCUGUGUCUUAAGAUGAACUAUCUUAAUCUCAUUAUUGCCUAGCCUAGCUUACAUUUUACUGUAUUAUUGAUAACACUUUACAUUUCAUGACAGAAGUGUAACACUUUGUGUUAGUGGAGAAUCAAAAUCCCAUUGUCUCCAUAACCUUGCUGAUGGACUUCAGCAGUUUAAUAAGGAGAAUGAUAUGCUAAGUACAUAGCACAAUCCAGCUAUACUGCCAACUAGCAGGUAAUAGAAUGCUCACCACUCAUGCCAAGAGUGAGCUCAACUGCAGCUUACUAAAAAUAGAGUAGCAGGCAAGCAAACUCAUAGAUGCUAUCUGAGCUCAAGUCCAGGGAUGGAAAUGAGCCCCAACAGCUCCUGACAC